GCUCCCGACAAAAGCCCAUCUUAUCGAUGGGAGUUGCUCCUUCACAUACGAAUUGCCCAAGCACAAAAACCAAUCCAGCAAUAGCGAUUUUGACCACUAUAACAACAUAGCAAUCGGCUUGACGAACGCCCGUACGCCCGCCCUUCGUUGACGCUACCCCUGUGGUCAGAAAUUGUUCGCGUAUCGUGUCAUUUGCGUCAACGCUUAUUGUUACGCUCUGCAGUCCGCACUGAUUGACGUUUACCCAAUACAGCGAUGCUGUUUUUCGGUCAAGCUUUGACUAACAGUGAUUACAUUUAAAUGACUAAGCAAAGUAAAUGGAGUGCGUCUAUAAGCCGACAGGAGUAAUCGAGACAGUAUAAACUGCCGCCGCCGUCGCCGUCGCCGCCAUAGUGGUAAUCUCUAUCAAAACGGUUAGGCGAUACGAGACAGUCUAGACCGCUAAACCGUAUCGACAACAUUGUCGGCCGAAACUAGCGCCGAGCUGCCAGCUACAACUGACGACAUGAGCCAUUGGAGUUAAAUUUUUCGACCUUUCUUCGUCUUCCCAGUUUUGUCGAUAGGCCUCUAGUAUCGGUAUUGAAUGACUUCUGAAAAACUGUGCAUGGGUCCGAACGGGGGCAGAAAUUGAUCGGCGUUCGAUGCUGUGAUCAUACUCCAGUCGCAAUGGCGGUUGUUUUGUGUUGAUACGGUGCUAGUUUUUGCUCACCUUGUCGACCUGCCGGAUACUAUUACGUGUACCAAACUUCCCCCAGCCGUCUCACAAUCCAGCCAGCCUUAGUGACCAUUUACUUGUCGUUCGACUUUUGCCAAACAUCCAUUUCUUGUCUAGAACAACCUUUGUGCGUACGUCACCCGACGUACACAGAUCAGGCCGCUAGAGCGCCGGCAAAGUCUUUCCAAUCUGUCUUAAUGAAUCGAGCACCUUGAUGAGCUAUCUAAUACGGUCUAGUCCUUUAGCCACUUCAGGCAAUAUCGCUGACUGAAUUGCUUGCCCAUAAGCUCACUGGUACACGUUCCCGAAAAGCGCACGUAUUAGCGUCCUCAGGGCAAACGACCGAAUUAAACCAGAUGCAGAGUUUAUGGUGAUUUCCUAUGAUGGCAUCGUACCAUUCGAGUAUGGUUUGGGAGUAGUCAUCCAAGCCACGCGGCGGCUGAUGCUGGCGCCACUUUGCUUCUAGGGGGUGCUAUAAAUGGUGGCUAGCCAUAAUAAUUUGAGAGGAGAGCUACUACAAGUGCAGAAGCCGCUACGACGGGAAAGAGCGAAUCGCGAGACAAUCGAUCGUCGGAAAAAAUUUUCCAUUAUAAACAAGCUAAGACAGUUAACCACCAAGUCAACAUCUGGAGAGAUUACGGUGCUAGCGAGGUAGGCUGUUCCGUAAAUUCUUAACCCUACAGCGGCUAAAAGAUCUGGUGCAUGUACAGGAAUGCGUACGUCGAAAUCUUUCAUCCGGAUCUCUUGGAGUUUUCCCCUGGAAAAUCAUCUGGUCCCGACCUACUUGUAGAUGCACAUAUUUUGAUUCGUCUACCUUGUUACAUCUCACAGUCGUCACUGGACGCUGUCGUUGCGAUUUGUUCAGCUUUUCGAAUCAGUGGUGCUGUCAAAAGGUGACAAAGGACGUUAUCGCUGGAGUGAUUGAGCAAAGCGAUCUCUAAAGGCGACAGUUGUUCCAAGCAAGCAUACUGAUGGCAGCACUAGCCGUGGAUAAGCCAAAAAUACCACAUCGUCAUUUGUAAACGUACAUUUGCCCUUCGCUGUCACAGGCGUCCUCUAGAGAGCCUUCACGGAAGUACGCACAGCUGAAGCUGGAGCAUAGCGAUAAUGACAGGUGACAACCUACUGUAUAUCUCACUGUAGCCGGAUGCGGAGACAUCGCUGAAUAUGCGAUAGAUAUCGAUAAGUAUUGAUGUCAAGUCUUAAUCGCUCCUACUGCUUCUCCUUGGCACCUAUUAGGAAGGUCCUCCAGGACAAACUUUGCUUGAACUAAUGGGACCACCGCAGUCAGCCUGCGGACUUGCCUAUAGUAUCUGAGCACACGUUCAUCAGGGGCUAUUCAACGACGCGAAAGAGGUUUAUGGACAUUCACUGGCUGUCCUUUGCAUUACAGUGGUAGAACCACAUUACCGAUGAUAGGAGACUUGGCUGUUUGAAAAACUGAGGUGACUGGUGCUAGCAGGUGUCUGCGCCGGCAGUGCCAAACGCGAGACUGUGAUUGAUUCGCGAGUGGCGGAAGCUCAACAAUUUAACACUUAAAAAAAAGAUGAAGAUCGUGUUCAUCAGUUCUGGAAAAACAAGAAGAGUGUAUUUGUGUUAAUGAACCUGCCCAGAUGUGUUAACUGGUAACAGUUGAGUUGGCUGUUAGUUUCGGUGCAAUGUCUAUGGUUAACGAGUAAAAGUGUAGGUCAUCAGACAAGAUAAAUGGUAAAGCUUAGCUGACCGUUGCUGCUGUCAGCAAUAGCCCAAAUUCUAGAUACGUCAGAAACUGUGAUACCCAAUGGAGUCGUGGUCAGACCGAGAUUUACUAUAGUGUUUUCGUUUGGUAAUUCUCGACAAUCCAUGAUGAGCUUCAAGGUUAGGGUGAAAGUACCACAUCGGCCAGAAUUCGAUAAGCUCUUCUACAUGGUUCAGCCAGAUCUGCCAAUAAAGACACAGGUACUGCCCAUCUGCCAACGGAUCGACGUCGAGCCUGCGGAAUAUCGUUUCGCAUACGAAGAAGACGGAAAACUGUUCUAUUUGACGGAACAGAAUCGCGACAUACUUAAAGAGGGUAACACCGUCGUGCUAAUGCGAAGUCCCACUCUACUUGCGCAAACGGCAAAAAAUGACCUCGAAUCGUUUAAUAAAGCUAAGGCGUUGGAAAGUCUUAAGUUACUUAUCCACUGUCCGAAAUUUGCUGAACGCUUUGUCGCUGUUGAGGGCAUUGAUUCGUUAGUGAAGGUUAUUGCUGGAGGGCACUUUAAUGGGCCGCAGAUGCACAAAGCCCUUCGCAUUAUCAAGGUGUUUCUCAGCGUUUGUCCCUUAAAUGUUAACCAUUUUACAUUGGAAUUCGUCAAGCGACUUUGCGCCGAGUUGGCACCGCUGUCUCAGUACAGGGGCAAUUUCGACGUAACUCUGUCUGUGUUGGGACACAUGGCUCGAGUGAUGCCCUCCGACGUAUUUGAUCACCUGCCGGUCAGUCGUAUCGUGGAAAAUAUUGCUUAUGGUAACACAAGCACCCCACGCUAUUUCAUUAUACUUAUGAACAACCUCAUGGAUUGUCUCGACACAGAACAUUGCCAGAAGUUAAUCGCUGAUAUUCUCAACGUAAGCGAAAACCUUUCUGAAAAACUACUCCACUGCUUUCCUAAAGGUUCUACUGAAAACGACAUGACUUUUCGUCAGCAGCUGUUCCAGUUCCAAACGAAGCUCCUUAGAAAUAAAUACGGACCACUGUAUAACCAACGAGGUGAAAUGAGCCACAACAAUGAGUUCAACUCGUUCAUGGAGACGGUACUUCGCACCCACCUCGGCUGGAGGGACCCACAAAGUCGACGCUACAUCGAUGCAUUAAAACGCAUUGGAGGAGUACCCGAAGAAUACGAAGACGUCCUGCGGCCAGGAGAGAAGUUUCUGAUCACAGUCCGCGAUAUUGACGGUCUUACUUUACAUUGCCUCAAAUACUUUGAGCAGAAAUAUUCAAUGGUCCUAUACCCUUGGAUGAAGGAGAUCAGCAUCGUCCCUUUGGAGUAUAUAUGCCCACUCCUUAAGAGCGCCAUCCUGCUCAGUGAUCUGAUUGUCGACAUGCUAAGUUUGGAAGAUGCACCAGCAGAAGGAAACAAAGCCUUCCUACGGAUGUUCUUCACAGAUUUAACUUGCUUUCUCGAGGAAUUCUUUUGCCUCACGCUGAAACUUGUUUUAAAGACUUGGCGCGAAAUGAGGGCUGUUUCAGGCGAUCUACUCAAGGUGUUUGCCAUUGUCCGCGAGCAGUUAGCUUUUGCGCUCGAUGAUGAGAUGGCCACAUGGUCAUUCGAUCAGCUUCAGUUGACGCUGAAUGCGGCGCCGUACCCUGUAAUCUCACAGCGUCUUGAAGUGAAGCAGCUCACCAGUGAAGAUGUGAAACGGCAAGAGCUCCUGACCAGCCAGCUAAAGGACAAAAUUUGGUCAUUAGUGCGCGAGUCGAAGAUUGCUAAACUUAUAGAAGGCCUCGAUUUUUCCCGGGUCAGCGAUCGGGGCAGUCGAAUGAAGAAUAAAGUCGUCACCGUAAGGCUUUCUCAUGACCGUCAUCAGGUGCGGGUCAUCAUUGACCAUCAAACGUUGGCCCUUCCACUUGAGUCCCUUUUGCGUGUUGACACCAUGAAACAGUGCAUACAUUACCGCAAGGACGAUUUUGCCCUAACCAUAAUGUCCACCCAGACAGCGCCCGUUCACGUGGCAACGACAGAUCCCGAAGUGUUUGAGGACCUGUGGGAUGCGAUCAACGGACUCAUUGGAGUGUCCCUUGAGAGCAAAUCAGCGCUGGCUGAUUUCAAGGAACUUAUGGAUUUAGAACUGAAGCUUGCCACUCUCGAACUAGAAGGUAUCGAGCUGCCCGCGUCACCUCCGCCCGUGCCCACAAACCCUGACAAUUACGAUUUUCGAUCUUCUUAGGGAAGUUAUUAGAGAGGUUUCGUAGACAGAAAGCCUGUAGUUAUUAUCACUGCUGAUGCAGUUGUUUCACGAGAAAACUACCAAGAUUACGGUGUACAAAUAUUUUACGCAUGAAUCAUGGACAAGUUGAAUUACAAAAUCGAAGUUCUAUUGAGAUUUCGCGCCAUUCGCAGCGAAUUAUAUAACUUAAACCGUACGCGAAAUAGACCUAAAGAUGAUUACAGAUCAACCGUAUAGCCAAAUAUUUGAAUAAUAAUUUAUUAAAUGCGUUCUUUGCCAAUCUCGACGACAUUGUAUUUGGGCUAAUUUACUAUGAUCCUCUUUCCAGUUUGCCGUCACUGGAUAUUGCCCUAUACUGGAUAGUGCGAAUAUAUACGAUGCAAGAAUCGUCUGCUUCCCACUGUUCGGUGAACGAUACCAACUCGUUAAAGUUUCACAUACUGCACUCCUAACACCAAUUAAAUUUCAAUAAAAAUGGCGUGACACUGGCCUCAAUCGAGCUAGCGCCGUAAAUCACUGGUGGGACAACGGUGAUCGAGUGAGGAGAAAUUGCUUACGCUUUAGCGUUGACAUCUUUGGCUUUCGCCAAGGUUUUUGGACAAUAGUCUGUUGCACAUAGAUGUUCGGUGGCUCAAUAUUAAUAAUAAAUAAAUAUUAAAAAAAUAAAUAAAUGCCUAUUAUAUGGGUCAUGUAUGUAUAAGCUUUCAACUAAUGCCUGUUACAAUGCUGUUUGAUUUGUUUUGAGCCAUUACAUCAUGGGUUAGGGUAACGAAACCCAGCUGGAAAUAAGUGCAAGUCCCAAUGUGAAAACGGGGACUGUUUCGUAGAUUAAUGAAAAGUUUUGAUCUGUGAUCGAUUUUGAGACAAGUCGAGGUUUCAAAAUGGAGUAUUUCUUAUGAUUCUAGCGAGAUUCUAAAAUUUUUCUUUUUUUUAUGGAAAUAAAUUCUGUCACCUGUUAUCGUUACCGUUAUUUAUAGAUAUGAACCGUUGAACUUGACUGGUUCGAGUUGCUUUUCUGUUCGAUGACAUUGAAGGACGAUUUUAAUAUUUGUCAGCCAUACACAUUUACUAAGCACUUUAAUAGUUCGCAUCUAGUUCAAGUAUCUUAAGAAGUACGAAUACCUAAGUUAGAAAAAAUAUGAUGAAUAUAUAUGCAUUUUUAUCUUAUUGUGCAUUCGGCUGCUUCUUACGUUGUUGAGACGAAGCAAAUUUAAGUUGUAGGCAUAUGGUUAUAUUCUGCGGGUACAACGACUGUUAUAAUGAAUGCUUUCGUUCGAAAGACUCUGCAUGGAUAAGCAACGAGAGUGUCAAUUUCCCACCGGGGAAAAUUUUUCUAGCUUUCUGUAUUGCGCCUACAAGGUGCACCUGACGCAUAUCGCUAAAUUGAGUAUUUCAUAAGGCCACGAACCACAACUGGCUAUGCGGUGGAAUCAAAUCAGUCUUCCCGUGAUUCAAGCCUAUAGCCGAAACGCUUGCUUACCUAUACAACUUUUCCGCGAGAAUGAAGAACAAGGGCUUUAGUGAUCUUUAGCUUUAGGUUUAAUGUUAAAGAAGCUUCGGACUUUCGGAAAACUUCGGAGUAUAGAGACUCCUUUUAGUCAGAACCGACUAAUAGUAGUUCGACCGACAUCUGUUGAACUACUUGAGCUUAUUGUUCAUCGGCUGAAAAGGUUCUGUAGAAAAUUUGUAUUAAAAAAAAGACAUUUACGUUUAUUUAAGCAAAAAUCAAUAUGUGCCUUCAAAAAAAAACUAUGUACAUCACAGCUAGUAAGCUUUAUUCCAUUAGAGAAUAAUUUAAACAAUAGGAUAAUGUGAAGAUAUUCUUCGGCGUUCACACUAUAAUGUAUAUGUGGAAAAUACGAUAGAAUAACUAUUGCAGUCCAUAAUCGAUGCUUGUACCUGUGUCCGAUGUGGGCGGAACCAGCCUUCUCUGAAUGGCGUAGCGCAGAGGGUCACAACGUAACUACAGCGCUUCUACUAUGUAUUUUAAUCAUACUAUUUUCAGCAUUCUUAUUCUAUAUGAGACAAACAUAAUUCAUAUACGCUAUGUCUGAGAAAAAGACAGGAUCAAAUGAUUCAACGUUGAUCUAACUCAAUAUUGUCUAGUGUACGAUAACUGUAAAUGAAGACUGUUUACUCCAUAUCCCAAAUAUUUAUUUUUUUUUUUUAUGAAAUCUUGUCUUGAAAAGUGUCACCACUCAUCUAUCGUUACUAAAAGUGUACACUGUUAUAUACUGCCUGCAACUUACGUCCAUUGUGUAGAAAUAGCUUGAGUAACUAUUAUUACUAAAAUUUAUUUGGUUAAUUAUCAUGCAUGAAGUUUGUCAUAACAGCUUUAGAUACUGGAAAGAAUAUCCGCCGCGGCAGCUCGUCUAACACUGAUGACUCACGAAAAUCAGGUCGAUGUCAAACGUCAAUAGGCCAUAGGGACAUAAAUAUAUGUCCCUAUAUAUAUAUAGGAAAUUCAUUACGGAAUGGGCUAUACACGACUCGUAACGAUUGGCAUCAAAUGUAGAAUAUAAACACGGUAAUAUUUGCUCUUAUUCUACAUUUGGUAACGGUUGAAACGUCUCAUAAGCUCCACAUAGCCCAGUCUGUCGAGGAUAAUCAUGAUGAUGGUGCUAUAUGUCUAUGGUUCGCAAUGAAGAACCUCGAUUUUUUCAAGCGAC